GCUAUACUACCUUUUAAUAAUCAUGGAAAUUAAACUGGAAGUUCUAACUUCUACAUGUAUCAAGCAAAGGAAGCCAUGGCCUCAAAUCACUUGGCUGGGACAGGAAAAGGAGGCUGUUUUUCUUUUAGAUGACAAAAGCAUAAAUGAAAUUAAUCUGCUUUCGGGGAGGACAAAGAAGAUCCCCCAGUUACAUCCCUUGCUGAAGAAUGUUGUUGUCUUAACAACUUCAAGAAAUGGAGCUUGGUUAGCAGGGAUACUUAAAACAGGGGAACUCUUUCUUUGGAACAAAGACCAAGACACUGUAAAAACUGCCUCAGCAGCUGAAGAAUGUAAGAAGGUGGUUUUAGCAGCACAAGACUGUUCAAUGAGAUUAUACCUAUAUGUUUCUGGUGAUGGAAAUAAGGUUCUUCUCACUACGCCAACUGCCAGUAUCUUUCUAUGGGAAAGCAAGGAAUGUAAAAGUACACCACCAUCUAAAGGUUGUGUAAUGGGACAGUGGUCACAAAUUACUCCUGAAGCGUCAAUUGUAUUACCAUCUGUUGAAGAGAAAGAAACGUCAGUGAGUGUUGACUUCAUCCAAAAUGAGAUGCUGGGGGACUGCUGCUUGUGUUGUUUUGCAUUUUAUUCUCAGGAGCAUUUAAUGCUAACACUUUUGGAAAUUAAGUGGCAAGAGAACAGUUUAAAGAUUGCUUGCUCUUUUCCAUUUCUGAUACACUGGACACAGCGGACAUGUUCUUUGUCUAGUUUGGCUCCCCAUUGUAAGCCAAUAAAAUCAAGAGGUGCUUUGCUUACUGCGUUUUCAAAUGAUGGGCUUGUUCUUGCAAUAGGUAUCAACCAGAAGGAUUUACAGGCAACUCAGAUUUUGUUUAUGAGCACAGCAAAUUUCAUUGCGGUUUCUGGUAGCCUUAAAGGUUGUGGUAGCAAGAAAUACAAAAUUCAGUCAAAGUUUAUAAGGUCCUAUUGGAUUUCUGACAUGAGCUGGACUCAUGAUAGCCUUUUUUUGGCUUGCAUGUUAAAACGUGGAUCACUGGUCUUAAUGACUUGUUUGGGUGAAUUGCUUACUUUAGUAACAUAUGGUUGCUCUGUAGAAUUUGGACCAGCAGAAUUUAUUCCUCUACAUCCACUAAUAACAUACAGAUCACAGAAUUCUUUGAUGCAAGAUCUGAAUAAUUCUAAUGAUUCAUCAGCCUCUGAAGGGGAUCUAACGAGGCAGAGAUUUUCUGUAGCAUCACAUCCAAGUUUACCCUACUUCAUUGCUUCUGAUGGGUAUAUAAUCACCGUUCUUAAAUUUUAUGAUGGUUUCUCACCCUCGGCAUAUAUGAGGUCUUUGCUGCUUGAUUCAGCCCAGAGGCUUGAAAAACUGCACCACAGCUUGAUUAAAUCUAAGUCCAAGGAGAAAAGGCUGCCAUUGCAAUCACUGUCCUCCUUAAAAGCUAAUCUAUUACAACACAAUCAAAGUCAGAGCUCUGCUUUCUCUACCAUUCCAAAAUUUCUGCAAGAAGAUGAGGAAACAGUAGAGCUAAAUGGAGAAGUAACACACUUGCAGGAUUAUGAAGAAGAAUCAGAUGGUGACAAGUUGUUUCAGAGCCAUUCCUUUAUUUUGGGGAGCCAAAAAAGAGAUACUUUUGUAACUGAUGAAGGCCGGUUGGAAUUUGCAUCCAUGUUUGACACCAUUCAUGCAAUGGAUGCAACAGGAGAAGAAGAUGACACAGCUUUGGAACUGAACCAUAUCCAAAAAAAUCUAAUUGCAGCUUGGAGAGUAGGGAUUUCAAGAAACAUGCAAGAAAGAGACACUUUGUUAAAUUGUACCAUACAUUGUAUUAUAUACUUUUUUAACAUUCUCCAGUAUGCAAAACUUAACGUUGCACAUUUAGAUCACCCUGUCCAGAAUUGUACCUGGAUACAGUCAGUGUUAAAAUGUUUCCAGCAAUUUUUGUCUCUUCUAAGUUGGGAGGGUAAACAUAGACAAAUUCUGGGACAUUUGUUGAAGCUCACGUUGCAGGCCCUAAAACUGAUGCUUGUGGAACAACAAAACCAACUGUUCUCCAAUAAUCUUUUGGGAGGAUUCUCUCUGCUGAAGAUGGUUACUCAUUUUUUAAAUGGCAAGAACGCACCUCAGUAUGAGAUACUUCCAGCAGCCCCAGAUGUUAAUAAUCAGGUGGAGUUUGAUUCCAUAAUUGUGUCUGUGUUUCAAGCUAUAGAUUGGAGCAGCCACCAACAUUUCUGUGCAUUGAAUUACAUACUGAAGCUCUCUCCUCCAGCUGUAAACCUCUCCAAUAAUUCAGAAAAGAGGGUAAUUGUAAUGUGGCAACUGUUGUAUAAGCAUGUCCUUUGGUACUGGAUACAGUUAAGGAGAAAAGUGCAUAAGUCAAGCAAGCCAGUAACUGAAAUACAAAUUACAUAUGAAGGACCAACUAUUGAAGCACUGGCAAGUCAUACACAGGCAAUUUUACAGUCUUCAGGAGAAAGAUUAGAACGAAUACUGAAACUCAACUCUGUGAUUGGUGAGGAGCAAUUUCUAAUCGGGUCUUACAAAGAAUCCGUGGAGGCUUGGGAGAGAGCUCUUCAAGAAAUAAAAGGAAAAGGAGGAAAGAGAAUGCCUUUUCUUCAAACUCGUUAUUAUCUUGCUAUAUUAUAUUGCCAUCUAUAUCACUACAAUGUAAAUGAGGCUCAGGGUCUGUGUGAUCAUCUAGUGAGCGAGCUGCUAAAACGAACUCAAAUAUCUGAAAGGGAUGAUGUGUCAGGUGCUGAACAGAUGAUAACAGAUGUUCAUACUGAAGCUAUAUUAGCAGUGGUUCGGUCUCUGGCACGUUUCAUGGCAGCUUACUUCACUAAUGAACCACUUUAUGUGCUUCCUCCACAUAAUGUUGAUGUUUUACCCCCGCUUCAUAUCAGACAAGACAGGGGUCUUCGUAUUGUUCCACUGCAGCACUCCAUAGUCACCAAUGCAGUUAGGGACCAUGGUCUCUCGUGCGUCUGGACAGUUGAAUAUGCUCUUGAUUUGUUGCUUGUUGGUGGACUACUUCCGGAAGCUGUGUGGCUAGCACAUAAACUUGGAGACUGGAAAAUGGCUGUUUCAGUUGGGGUGGCUUAUAAUCUGUAUUGUCAAAGUAACAGUGGCUUCCCAAUGUCACAAAAAGUAGAAUUCUGCAUGCCAUUGCACUUGACUCCAACACAAAUCUUUCAGGAAAAAUUACAAUCUUUUUUGGGCAAGCCAAUCAACAGUGAAACAUCAAAUGAAGGAGAACCCAAAUGCAAACAGUUCACAGAUCCUAUUGAAGAGGAAGAUGUAAAUGUAAUUUUUAGUUCAAUAGAAGAAAUACUGAAAGCAGCUGUUAUGGCAGAAACAGACAUACUGUCAGAGACAUUUCAACUUUUGGUGGACUCUGCCAAGGACCUGAGCAGAAAGUUUUGUGGUUUGGUGCCUGAUGGCUUAUAUCUUCCUGCACCACCCUUAUAUUGUCCUCAACCAUCAUUUCCUGGUGAAGAAGAACACGUUGAUUUAGCAUUGAGAAUGGAGAGAGUUUGUCGGCAGAAGGUGUCUGGAGUUGUUCAGCGAAUUCUUCUCCUUUUUCGGGCAGCUCACUGUUCUUUCCCUGCUGCUCAGUGGUAUAUUGUGCAGCUGAAACGGGCACGGAAAAUAAUGCAAAAGAUUCGCAAGAAAGGUGCUCUUCCCUCAUUAAAUGCUCUUCCAGAAAAUUUGCUUAAUUAUUCUAAAUGUCAUACGGUGUUCUUAAGGCCUGCUUCUGGUGAUCAUGGACUUGACAGUGUUUCAUGUAAAACUAUAGCAUGCUUUAGAGAACUAUGCACAUUGUGUUGGAUGUUUCAUGUUCGUGAAAGAUUAUCUGACAGUUGCAGACGGUACCAAACUGCAAGGGAGAAUUUGGAAAAUCAGAAGGAAUGUAAGACAACUGAAUUUGAUGCCUGUAUAGUUGAACACUCUUUCAGUGCAUUGGAGUGGGCUUGCCGAAUGCUCCCUUUUGCUAGGUUCAUGAAUGUUGAAGAACUUGUACAGGAUAUCAUUUUAAGCCUUACGGGAGAAUUGCCACCAACCAAAAAGGUGGCAGAAAUUUUGGUGAAAGCAUUUCCAAACCCAGAUGAUGUAAGAGUCCCAUUAAGAGAUAAAUAUAAUGCUCUGCACCAGCGGCUUAGACACUGCGUAGUCAAAGGUCCCAACAAUGAAGAAAUGAUGUCUGUUGUAAUACAGGCUUCGCACAAAGUGAAUAUGAAAACAUUAAAGCGUGUGAUAAGGAACAUAGGACCCUAUCAAAGAAGCAUCUGGGAGCCACCAGAAGAGGCAACACAAGAUCCUGGAGCUUAUUGCUAUGAUAGAUUUUCUUUGGGGACUAGUCUAAGCAGAAGCACAAUUUCAGAUCUGGGAAACUCUCAGGUUUAUAGUGAUGCUGAAACAGCAGACUCAAUCUCAGAAGCUUUGUUGAUGGAAGAAACAAGAAGGCACAUUUCUUCUCAGAUGCAAGAACAUCACAAAGAAGUGUCCAACUGUGCAGGAGAAUUGACUGGAUACGAUAGAAGUACUGAAAAACUAAAAGACUUAAAUGUAGACGGGAAAAGUAUUAUAAAAGAGAACUACAAAGACUUAACCAAUCAGCAUGUUUUGCCUCUAGUGGGUGAAUGGGAAUUUGAACGUGAUGAUGAUGAAUACGUUAAGUUUUUAGAUCUCUUUUUAACAUACAUGCUUGAAAGAGAUCUGAUCAAUCAUAAAGACUCUAUGAUUCCUUUUCUGAUGAGCUUUUCCACACUCCUUAGGGAACAUGAACUCAACUCUUUCCUUUUUGAUGUUCAUACAACAAUGAAACGUCGACAGAUCAGAAAUAAAGGCCAACAUGUUUUUAGGGCUGGUUCUUGCUACGCUCCUGUUUUUGAUCCCAGUGCUGCUAAUCUGGAUCCUUUGUGUGAUGAUAAGAAAAAGGUUUCCAAUAAACCAGCUGUGCUUGAGACUUCUGUUUGUGACUCAGUGAUGAGACUCACUGCAAGAAGAGGAUUAUUUGGUCUAAGCCAGAAAUCAAUUUAUGGUGCACAAGAUUCCUGUAAAGAAAAAACUCUUGCACCUGUAUUAACUCAGCUUUUGUCUGAACAGACUUCUUCCCCCCAAGCAGCUCCUGUUCAUAGAUACAUCUACAAAGCAGUUCAGGUAACGGAUAUUCUACAAAGAACAAAACCAACUCCAGACAUGAACUUUAAAUUUAACAACAUAGCUCGCUUGCUUGAAUGGAUGAUCAGAUGGUCUGAUAGAAGACUGCUUUAUGAUCCCAUCUCCACAGAGCCAUUUCAGGAAUGCCAGCCAAUGAUGCAUGUAAAAACAUCUGCAUCUGCCAUACUUACAUCAUUGUGGCUUUUAGAGCAAAAUUUCUCCAAUGAAUCACAAAAUCAAAAUGUCCAUAUUUGGAAACGACUCAAACAGUAUGCAAGUACUUCAGCUAUUAGAGCCAAACUAGAGAAAGACAACGGUGUGGAUACAGGCUAUUCUCCAUCAGUUGGGACUCCAGUUGGUAUCCAAGAUGGACAUGCCUUUGGUGAACCUUUUGAAAGUCUUCCAGGGACCUUACAUGAAAAGCAGUCUGUAGAGAUUGAAGGAAGAAAUCUUGUCAAACCUCUGACAGAAGAAAUAGGGGGAUACAUAUCAAAUGAAGAUGUGGCAUCUGAAAAUGAAGAGCAUCAUGAAGAUCCAUUUGCAGUUUCAAAGAGUCCUACCAUUUCUGUCAGCAUUAAAUCGGUACAACGAAAGAAAGAGCAGCCAUCCGUAUCAGAUGUUGAAUAUUCACAAGAAGAUCAAUUGACAGAAACAUCGGAGGAAAAAUUUACCAAGCUGGAUGAUAUUUACAGUACAAAAUGUGAGGCAACUCCAAUUAACAUUCCAUGCUCAUUUUGCCCUGAAAUGAAGUCAGAAACUACGAGUGUACAGCUUGCGGUCUCAGAUGAACGGGCUUCUUUCACUGCAGUGUCAAGUGUUCUUCCAAGUAGUCCUCUUGUUCCAAAGAAUGAAGAAGUUAACACUACUUUACCGAUGGAACAACCACCGAACGUUUCAGAUACUGUUAGGCAAAUGCUGCAAGAUGAAAUGUUUAAAUUGGUUCAGCUGCAGCAGAUCAACUUUAUGAGCCUCAUGCAAGUAGUAGGAUCAUCAUUUGCCAACUUGCCAAAUAUGUCACAGCAGAUGCAGCAGUCACAGUCAUUUCAGUUGGGAAGAAACCAGGCUUCAAACACUGGCGGCACUGAUGUUGAUAGGGCUCCUCCAAAACUUGUAACAUAUGACUUGCCAGUAAAAGAGAUGACAACUCUAGAAAACAGUAGUGAUGUCACUAAGAAAAACACCAAUUCUCAGGAGAAAAACAGUUUGCGUUAUCAAAGUCAUAAUGGAGAUACUUCAAAUCCACUGCACACCAGUGAUUCUUCAAGCUUACCAGAGGGCCAGACCAUUGGAACAAGCCAGAUUCCACCCUUUCAAAACUUGCUUCAUCAGGUUCCAGCCAGACCAUUACCUUUAUUAUCAGUUUCCCUAAAUGCUGAGAAGAUACCUAAGCUUAUUCCAGUUUCAAAACCCUUAAAUAAUGCAAAUGAGCUUCCUUUGCUUAAACUUAAACCUGACUUUCAGUUUCAGCCACUCAAUAUCUGCCCAGUAAAAACCCCAAAAGUUUUCAAUGGACCAUUCCCAAAACAAAGAGAAGCCUGGGGUGUACCUCCUCCUCUGGUGAAGAGUCCUCAAGGUGUACAGAUGCCAGAGUACAAAGGAACAAUAGAACACCUAAAUUUGAACAACUAUGAUCACGAAGUUCUAACACACUCACAAGAGCAGGCGGGCCGUUGGUCAGAAACUGUAAAUAAGGGUCAUUCCAACCAUGUUAAUUUGGAUGAAUAUGAGAAAAAAGAAAAUAUGGCGCCUUCACAACACCUUCAUGCACAUCUAAAGGCAGAGAAGCCACUGGUUGACAAUGGGAUUCCCUUGCAUAAAACUUACCAAAAUUUUGCACAGAUUCCUUUGCUUUAUCUGAAGGCCUCACAAUACAAGUAUCCAUCCACUAUGCCGCCUGCUAAACUUUCGGAAAAGAACUUUGAUUCCAUAGACCCCUUUUCGCAGACAGGAAUGCCAUUGCUUUACACUAAUUUACCUCCGCUCACCAAGUUUCAAACACCAAAACUCAUCCCACUUCAAAAUCUCAUUGCAUUUGAGCAAAGCCGCCAGUUUGUCCAAGUCCCCCACAUUGGGGUUAAAGACCAUCCUGAAAAGAUUCAGUUAUUAAAAGCUAACUUUAAACCACGUGAAGUGAGACAAGAUAUGAAUAAUAAAAAAAGGCAGAGGAGGCGUGUCAAGAAACAGAUCAAAGAGAAGCAAGAAAGGAAGAAAGCAACUGUGACUUUUCAACAAGAUGGCCCUGUUGUUUCAGCUGAUAUUGUAGAGCAAGCAAAGGAUAAUCAAACAGAAUUCAGCUAUGACCUCAUUGAUGGUGGCUCCUUACUGAACCCAGAGGCAGUUAUUUCUUCAGCAGGACUACAUUACUUAGCUUCUGUAAGAAAACGAAUUGCAGAUCUUCAAGAUGCCUCUACAAAUACAGAUCCUGUUAAUAAAUCACAUCAAGAUGUACAAACUGUCUCAGAUGAAAUAGUUUCUGAACCUGAUCAAAAUCAACCAAUCACUGCUUCUGCGUCUAUAACAGUUGUUAAACCUUGUGAGGAUAUGCAAACCAUUGCAGAAGAAAUCGUUUUUGAAUCUGGUAAAAAUCAACCAAUCACUUCUCCUUCUCCAUCUAUAGCAGAGCUUUUACCUGCAAGUGUUCCCCAGGCAUUGCCACCAGAUGUGUACUUGAACCUUACUUUCCCUGCUGAAUCAGGAAAUGUGUCUUUACAAUCCUCAUCUGAUAUUACAUCUGAUUUGACUGGACGGAAGUUUAUCAAUGUGAUUGAUAUAGAAGAUGGUGAUCUUCUGAAAAACUUGCCAGAUAUUUCUGAGUCUGUUCCAAAACACGUUGCCACUCAGCCUAUGAAGUCUGAACUCCCAGCUUCUGCAAAAUUGCAUCACAUGGCAGCAUCUGUUACCAAUACAAUUCCACCUGAAGAAUUUGAGACAAGAGGAGAUGAUCUUCAAACUAAAUCACCACAAGCGCCACCCAAGCCAGUAGAGACAGAGAUUCCUGGUGAUCGUCUAACAUUGAACCUCCUGAACAAGGAUUUCAGCACUGCUUCCUCCACAGGACCAUUAGCCAGAAAAAUGAGCAGACAGCACAUUUCUGCCAAGCUACAGGAAAUGGAUAGGCAACUACUGGCCCUACAGAACGUGGCAGAAAGAAUAGAAAAAGAAUAUAGCAGUACUAAACUGGUUGUGGACACUGUAGAAGAUGUAGGUACAGGAGAGGAUGACAUCUCGUUCUUUGCCCCAGGUGUUAAAGUUUCCAAAGAAGAGCAUUAUUCAACUCAUGUGAUUGUGGAGAAUUAUACAGAGGAGGAAAGGAGUUUAGAAACGGAAUCAUUUCAAACUAACUAUAUUGCUUUGCAAACACCCUCUGCUUCUCCUUCAGCAUCAGCUUCUAAUCUUCCCAGAAUCAAAAAGUCAUCUUCUGAUAUUGUUAGAUCAGAAGAAUUGGAUGAGAGUUUUUCAGAAGAUCCUCUACAGAUCACUGGCUUGAGUGGUGUUUCUGACAUCAUUGCUGAUCUUCUACUUGAGGGUGGCAUGUCCGCUUCGGAGCUGGGUCUCACAGAAACACAAGCACAAAGAAUAUCCAGCCUCUCCAGUGUAGUGAGUGGGCAUUCACGUAAAACAGAAAGAGAGAGAAAAGAGUUACACACUUGGAUGAAAAGAAAGCGAAAGGAAAGGCUAGCUGAGUAUCUGCAAACGCUGGCUGAACAAAGGGCAAAAGAACACAAUCCAUUUCAUUUUAGAAGAAAAAUGCCACCUGGAAUCACAACACAGAAUAUUAAAUUACAGCAGAAAAAGAAAUGUGAAAAAGAUAAAGCCUUGUUUUCUGAGCAUCAUAACAUCAGAGUCUCUGAAGCCCUCACUCUGAUGCAUGAGCUGUUGUCCGACACUGUGCAACUUCCUUCAAGUGACUUUGAAUCACUAUCUAAAACAAGAUCACCUCAUGAUUUCAAGAGACCACAUAUUGCUUCUGCUGGAGGAGGUUGCCAUGCUGCAAGGAGGAAGGCUGCUUCCAAAGUUAGUUUGAGUCAGACGAGAUCCUUUUCCAGUCUGUCAUGUGGCAUAACUCCGAGGAAAGGCCGACUAAGCCAAACUCCUUACAGAAGAAAGGGACCAGAAUCCCAUCAAGGGGAGAUGCGAUGGAAAAGCAGAAGACACCUGCAACAGUGGUCAAGUCACAGGCUUGACUUAAGAAGUCAAGCUUCUGAUGAGCAGAGAAAGUUCCAAGACACUGACACAACAACUCGCACAAAUGAGAGUGAAGAAGACGCCAUGAGUGUUUGGAGCAUUCCUGAUGAGAUCCAGCGGAUACUGUAUGGCGGUUCUAAUUCCCAUUUCAAGGAGUCUUUGCCUCAUGAAGAUGCUUGCUCCAUUGCCAGCCUUAAUAACUUGGACAGUGUGUCUGAAAGUACUAGCAGCAUCCUCAGCAAGCUUGACUGGAAUGCAGUGGAGGCUAUGGUAGCAAAUGUGGAAGAAAAAUAAAACCAGAAUUUCUUGGAUGCUCUGCCCUUUAAAAGGAAAGUAGGCCCAAUAUUAUUUGGAAAAAUAUCUGAUAGCUGACCACCAUGGCAUAACAUUAUGGCAAAAUUGUAAGCAAAUAACACUUCUUUCCCAACUAAUUAGCUAGCGUAUAAAAGCAAAAUUGCAGAAUCAUGCAGACCAGUACAAUACCACAUAUACUUAGGCUUCUUGGAACAUACUUGAUGUUUGGUAUAUUGGGCAAAGAAGACAAGAUUCAUAGUUUCUGAAAGAAGUAUUUAAAUAGCCACAGUUGCACAGUGAUUAAAAAGAUAAUUCAUACCUAAGAUUCUGAAUCAUGUUUUAUAAUUAUUUAAGUAGUAGUUUGUAGUAAUGUAAUAAUUUUUUUGCUGUUUA